AGCGAACCCCCCUGGUACGUGCUGCCGUUAUUAUGUCGGGUGUAUGCUAUUUAUUUGAAUUUUUAGAUGUUACGGUUGAAGUUGAUUUCAAUGUUAUUUUAGUUUGAGUUGCUUUGCUUUGACCAAUAUCAGCUACAUGAGAUAUCUAAAAGCACCUGUCCCUCUGCGUCGUGAAUGUCACAGUCGUUUUAUUUGCAAAGUCAACUAAAGCAAUAAGAACAGCCAAAUCUUGCUUUAUAUAACCAAACUUGCACUCAUUUCACACCUACUCCAGGCUUACCUACCACCACAACCCCUUGUUAUCACUGGAAACCUUGCUCUGGCUGAAGGCACGAGGCAAGACUUCGUUAAUAGGUAUAGCUCCGAGAAUUGAGGAACCACACAUGGUUACAUGGUACCGAGGAACUCUUUGACUGGUGAAUGGUGUAUACAAUACAAGUGAAACUAACUUGUGGACAUCUGUGAAAUUUAGAAAUGACCUCCACUGAUAUGACAGCAGAUGAUAUCUACCAGAAACUGCACCUGUCGUUCCCGUUUCUUGCGAUCCGGAAGGAGGACGCCCGCGACACCCCGGAGCUGACGCAGCUGCUGCUAACGCUGGCCAAUCAUGUGGAUGAGACGGGCACCUCUCGCAGUGUGGCGGCUGAGCUGCGGUCGGAGCGGGCGCGCCUAGCCGAACAGAUGCGCUCCUGGCACGAGAGUCGUCUGCUGCACACGCUGCUGGAGGAGCUGGCCGUGCGACCCGCCGCGGCAGAGACGGCCGCCGACGAUCAGCUGCGGGAGGCGGUCGCCGAGGGCCUCUCCCUGGCCGAGCUGGCCGACGCGCUGCCGCUGUCACCCCCGGCCGCGGACGGAGCCCCCUCGGAGGACGAGCCCACCCUGCUGGGCCUGACCCCGGACCAGCUGGCGCCCUCCGCAGAGUGCCGACAGACCCUGGCCCGUCUGCCGCGCGCCCUCGACCGCCAGCUGAGCCGACUGGGCCGCCGCUGCGCCGCCGCCGUCUGCGCAGACGACAAAGACUCUGAGGACGUCACUGGCCGCCUGGUGCGGCUGCCGUCGGAGCUGGAGGAGCUGCAGCAGCUGCGGGACACCACCUCACGUCAGCUGGCGGACGUGCUGGAGCGCAGGGACACCCAGAUCCUGCGCCAGAGCCAGCUGAUGGCGCGCCAGCUGGAGAUGCUGCUCAACCUGAUAAACAAGCACAAACUGGAGCACAAGGUGGAGCUGGAGCGGAAAACCAUCGACCACCUGACGAGCAGCAUCCAGGGUAUGCUGCUGAAGACGCGUCAGCUGACGCUGCAGAUUCAGGUGGAGACGUACACGGAGGGUUGCCUGGCGGCGCUGCGGGCCGCCGCGCGCCACCUGCGCGCAGAGAGCGGCCGCCUCGACUCGCAGCUGAACGCGGCCAAACACCAGCUGAGCGCCAACGAGGCGGCCGGGCCGCAGUUCGCCGAGCUGGCGCGCCGCUACCGCGAGCUCUGCCAGGAGGUGGACCACCGGCGCUGGCUGAUCGCCGAGAUGGAUACUCUCGGAGGAGCGGGAGAGGGCGCCGCCGGAGCCGGGGAGGGAGCUGCGCAGAGGUAGGCUGGUGGCGCCGCCGGUGGACAGUCCCUGAACUGAGAGUGAUAUGACGGACCAUAGAUGGCGCCUUGGUGCUCUAUAUUGUGCUUCGAACGAACGCAGAAACAGUGCAGUGAGUGGAGUACUUCCAGAAUGCAGACAUAUUCUCUUAGUGUAACAUGUCGAGUUGCACCGAAAUGAGCGAGUGAUGUAUGUGUAUUGUUUCAUUUGUCCGAAUGCAUUAUACUAUGAAUGG